ACGAUCAGAACUCGCUUCGCCUGCGCCGCUACAUUUUUCGAAUAAAGGGUUCUCGAACCACUUGUCGUUUGUUUUUCAUGAUGGCGGCAUCUGACAGAGCUAUUGUGUUUCAAGAUUAUGACUAUACUGAAAGCUCGAGUUACAUUGACCAGCAAAAAAACUACAACACCAAGAAGAAGACGGCAAGCGACGCAAGGCAGUUCGUCUUGUGGUUGGAGGCCCACGGCGACAAAAGGCGCCUUGAAGAUAUUCUUCCGGAAGAGCUGGACGGACUGCUAGGAAGUUUUUUCCUGGGCAUAAAGAAAGACAGCGGUGAAGAUUAUGAGCCGGACAGUUUGACUUCAAAGCAGCGGUCAAUUGCGCGAUACCUGAAAGAAAAAGGAUAUCCUGUAGAUAUCAUUUCUGACCGUAAAUUCGCCCACUCCCGUGAAUGCCUGCUGGCGAAAAGGAAGAGUCUGAAGAAAGACGGAAAGGGCAACCGGCCAAAUCGCGCAGACCCGCUGAGCCAAGCCGAAAUCAAGCUCCUAGAGAAGAAGCAACUCAUCGGGCCCCAGAAUCCAGACAGCCUUAUUGCCGGACUGUGGCUCAACAACACUCGGCUGUUUGGGAUGCGGUCAAGACAGGAGCACUGUAGUAUGCUGUGGGGCGACGUUGAGGAAACGGUGGACAGUCAAGGCCGAGCUGUUCUGGAGUAUAGCGAGAGAGCCACCAAGACUAGAACAGGUGCGACCUCCGACACCCGACCAUUUCGACCACGGGCCUACGCAUGCCCGGAGCGCCCAUCUGUCUGCCCCGUUAACUUGUACAGGGAGUACAGAAAGCGCCGACCCAUGACGCAGAUGCACCCAACAGCACCGUUCUACCUCGGCAUUAACCAGGCGCGCAAAUGUGAUGCUGAAGUGUGGUUCAUCAACUCCCCGAUGGGAAAGAACAAAAUCGGAAACAUAAUGUCUACUAUGGCCGGGAAAGGGGGAUUGUCUGGCAGAAAAGUCAACCAUAGCGCCAGGAAGACUAUGGCAGUGCAGACUCUUGUUGCCGCGGAUCUCCCCCCUACACGAAUCGUACAACUGUCUGGACACAAAAAUCUCCAGUCAGUCAACUCGUACUCCUGUGCCACCGAGGAGCAGCAAAAGGAAAUGAGCGACAUCAUCAUGGGGAAAGAGGGGUCAGCAUCGCAUGCAUCCGCGCCUGUGUGCCUAUGUCAACAACAGCAGCUGCAGUGCCAACAGAAGCCAAGCGUUCAGAUCUCUUUUGCUGGCGCCACGAUUCAGGGAGGCACCUGGAACUUUGGCGGAUCAAGCUGUUCAGCAUGACUGUUUGUUUGAAUCGCAUCAAAACGCCUGUAAAAUCGAAUUCCGAACGCUGUUCUUUUUUGCUGUUCUUUUUCCCGAAUUGAAUAAAGUCGUUACCGCUACGUGCAUAAUCACAAGACUUUUGUCUCUUUUUAGCAAAAUAACUUGUGUUUUCUAGGGUGGGUAUGGUAUAAAUAAAAUACAACACGGUGUAUUCCGCAUCGCCCUCGGUCUCGGCCCUCC